AACACAAUCAAUACACUGGAUGUUAUAUGCCAUCGCUUAUAUCUGACAGCUAUAGCCGCGUAUACAAGGCCUUUAUCUUUAACAUUAGCUACUACUAGCCACACCACUAGCCACACUACGAAAAACUACCAUACAAAGCCUAGACGGCUAGCCCAGAAGGCUAAGGGCCGUCACUUUAUGUACUAUGUAUACAAUAUGGCUUUAGAAGUCCCUGCAGCAAGGCCAGACAGAACCCAAUACAACACCUUCUGCACCUAUCACAAGUGCUAAAAAUCCGACAACAUGAGCAUUCCUUGCAGGAAAGUUGCACCAGUCUUAUUUUCCAUUCCUCAACUCUUUAUCCUUCGACAUAGCUCUACGUUGACGCGCAAUUUCGAGGUCGACAUGACUGGGAGACAGAACGCCAAGUCCAAGCCCUCCAACAAAUGGAGAGGCAAGGGAGCAUCUACACAUAAACCCGGUAAACAGGCGACAAGACACACCCACACUGGCACUGAAUCUCAUCAUGAAUCUCACAGUGAACCGAGCAAGACCGUCACGGGCUCUACUGCCCCCUUGACUGCCCCAUUGACUGUCCCAUUGACUGUCCCGGAGUCUUCCACCGAGCAGAAAUUUAGCGACUUGAUGGAAGGCGGCCUUGUUCACCCUACCUUGCUCCGCACCAUCACUGAAGAUCUCAAGUUUGAACACAUGACUCCCGUCCAAGCAGCUACUAUCCGGCCUAUUCUCACCGAGCGCUCGGACAUUCUAGCCCAGGCCAAGACUGGCACUGGCAAGACCGUCGCAUUCUUACUACCUGCUCUUCAGAACUUAGUCAACCGUAACGUGACGCCAGGGUCUGCUGUUUCUCUUCUAGUCAUCACGCCCACCAGGGAACUGGCAUUGCAGAUUGCCGCCGAGGCUGAGGCCUUAUUGCAGCGGCUGCCUCAGUACAAGGUCUGCAUUGCCAUCGGCGGCACUAACAAAGAUGCCGAGGAGAGACGGAUCCUGAGAGGCUGCGACAUCUUGAUCGGAACCCCCGGACGGCUUUUUGACCAUCUGGGAGGAGAUGGCAGUCCCGUCGUGGAGAAGCUGCAGCAGCUGGAUACCUUGGUGCUGGAUGAGGCAGACAGGCUACUCGACAUGGGUUUCCUCCCGUCCUUGAAGCAGAUCGUCGCAUGCCUGCCGAACAGGACUGUCAAGCCCAGACAGGGCAUGCUCUUCUCAGCCACUGUGCCAGAGUACGUAUCAAAGGUGUCUGGUCUGGUGCUUUCGAAAGACCACAAGUACAUCUCGACGAUACAAAAGGGCGAGAUCAACACACAUGAGCGCGUCCCACAGCAGUUGAUCAUAGUCCCCGAAUUCUCCGACGUCACGGCUGCUCUGUUGGGCGCGUUACGCCAGGAACAGCGAGGAGUAGGCGCAGAGUCGUUCAAGGCAAUCGUCUUCGCCCCCACAGCAGCCCUCGUCAACUUCUACGUCGACGUCCUCCAGCAGUUCCCCGAUAUGCCCACUAUCCUUUCCCUACACGCGCGCAUGACCCAGAGCAAGCGCACUAACGUGACCCAGCAAUACCGGCAGGCGCGAAGCGGCAUCAUGGUCGCCACUGACGUCAUAGCACGCGGAAUGGACUUCCCCGCCGUGACCAACGUCUUCCAGGUGGGCAUCCCUUCCGACAAGGAAUCGUACGUGCAUCGCCUCGGGCGCACGGCGCGCGCCGGCGCCGAGGGCAGGGGCUCCUUCAUCAUCUCGUCCCACGAGACCUGGUUCUCGAAAUGGGAACUCAAGGGCAUUGACUUCAACGAACAUCCUGCCGACCUCGCCGCGCAAGACGACAUCAAGAGAAUCACUAUGGGGAUGAAUACCCAGGGGAAGACUUAUCAGGCUUGGCUGGGCUUCUACAAGAGUUAUGUCAAGCGCAUGGGCUGGGAUAACGUUAGACUCGUGGCGGAAGCCAAUACCUUCGCGCUCGAUGGCCUAGGUGCUCCUGAGGUCCCGAGCCUUGAGAAGAGUACCGUUGGCAAGAUGGGGCUUAGGGGAGUCAAGGGCUUGUCGGUGAUAAAGAAUCGCCCUCGCGAGUAGGCUGGUGUCGGUCGCGCCGAGCUAGGGUGUCUUGUUGGGCAUGUGGGAGGUAGGCAGGGGGGUUGGCACCAUAUGCCCUCGUGAUUCGGGUACAAUGGCUCGUUUCUUGCCGUUGAGUCUACCUUGAAUGAGUUUCAACAUUCUCAGUUUCAUAUGAUAUUAUAGACGAUAGAUCCCGUCAAGCUUCUUGGCUCUUGACGUAGUAGCUGUUUAAUUGACCAGCGAAGCUACAUUAUCAACACCUCUUUUCAUUUUCCAUGCGGUGUUCCGUGGCGAAGGUACGCCAGCUGUAUAGACAGAGUUAAU